CCUGGUUCUGCUGCAUAGCAUUGAUAGCAUUCCAUAAGGCAUAAGCUUUUCAGCAUAUAAACCUACAGCCCUUUAAGCUAACCAGUUUCAGUCAGAUGGCGAGUGGACAGCUGUCCAGGGCUGGGGCGUUGUCGUGCUCAGGCUGCAGGCAUGCGUGUCACGUGAUGCUCUACUGUGACACGAAAACUCAGCUGUUUGGGAGAAUUCCAAUCAGACAUAUCAUACUGAUGCAGAUGCGCUUUGACGGUCUGCUGGGUUUCCCUGGGGGGUAUGUUAACCCUUCAGAGGAGACCCUGGAGGCGGGGCUUAGCAGGGAGUUGUUGGAAGAGCUGGGCGUUGCUCUUCCUAUAUCGGCAGAAGAUCAUGUGGACUGCUGCCAUGCCCCUGCUUCCUCCUCCUCCUCCACCUCCCGUCUUAUAACCCACUUCUAUGUGAAGAAGAUGGAGGAGGAGCAGAUAAAGGAGGUGGAGAAAGAGGCUGCAUCCACUGCAACAGAUCAUGGACAGGAGGUUCUGGGAAUGGUCAGGGUCCCUCUCUACAACACGAAAAACGGGGGGGGCCUCGCGCCUUUCUUGUCACACUCAUUCAUCGGCAACGCUCGCUCGCAGCUGGUGGACUCUCUGCUGCGCCUCGACAUGUUCGCCCCUGAGGAGCUGCACAAAGCCCUCGCGCAUUCUCUAAAGAUACACACACACACCGCUGAGGACCUGCAGGCGGCCCUAACGCGAACAGAGGCGAAGAGGAAUUGGUUCUGAAACACGCCUGUACCAGCACUUCCUCUCCAGAACACACAGAGAUACAAUGUGGCCUUCAGCGACACAAUUCUUGACUCACACCAAUCCUAAUCACACACACACACACACACACAC